AUAACUCUGCCUCUGCUGCAAUUACAUCCUCAUUUAACAUCAUAAUCAAGGUUUUUUUUUAUUUUUUUUUUCAUUUUCUUUUGGUUCGCUGACAUUGUUAAGACCCAUAGAAACAUCUUACUUUCGUUGAUAAAACUCUACCAAAUUAUGUCUAAAUUACAAGAACCUCGGUGAAAAAAAUUGUUAAGAACAUUGUUUCACCGUAACAAAUUAUAUGAAAAAAAUUACAAGAACCUUGGUGAUAGGAUCUUCAGUCAAAACUUUUUAUUACCAGAGAAAAUCAGGUAUUGUAAAUAUCUGUGGAACCGUGGAAGGAUCAAUUGAUAAUAUCAUUUUUUACAGGUUCUCUGUUCACCCAAUGCUAGCAUAGGAACUAAAUCUAUCAGGUUGAAAGAAAUGAGAAACUUUCAAUGGGGACUAAUUUUUGGUACCAGCAUUGGAGUAAUUAUUGGUGUGGUUUUGGCCAUGACUAUUAUGUACUGCAUUAGGUAUAGAAGGAAGCAUUCUGACCCUUUUGACAAAGAGGAAAAUGUUUCUCCGAGAGCAGAAAGAAUCCCCAUCCGUGUUCAUGGGGCAGAUUCUAGCACAAUAUUGUCAGAUUCUAACAUUAGUCAAGAUUCCCCUAGAACAUCUGAAUGGAGUAACAUGCCCCAAUGGUUGGAAGGGCUUAAGAGGAAGAGCGUGGCAUCUGCAUGUGGCAUACCAAAGUACUCUUACAAAGAGCUGCAGAAAGCGACUAGUGAUUUUACAACAAAUAUAGGCGAAGGGGCAUUUGGUCCUGUCUACAAAGCUCAGAUGGCAACUGGUCAGACAGUUGCUGUUAAAGUGCUUGCUAUUGAUUCCAAGCAAGGUGCAAUGGAGUUCCUUUCAGAGGUUCUGUUGCUUGGAAGAUUACACCACAGGAAUCUGGUGAACUUGGUGGGAUAUAGUGCGGAAAGAGGACAGCAUAUGCUUGUUUAUGUUUACAUGACCAAUGGAAGUCUUGCAUCCCAUUUAUACAAUGAAAAGCAUGAGCCUUUGUGCUGGAAUUUAAGGGUUCAGAUAGCUCUGGAUGUGGCAAGAGGUUUGGAGUAUCUUCAUUAUGGGGCUUUUCCUACUGUUGUGCACCGCGACAUCAAAUCUGCAAAUAUAUUGUUGGACCACUUCAUGAAAGGAAGAGUUGCAGAUUUUGGACUUUCAAGACAGGAGAAAAAUAAUUUGCAUUCAUCUAAUGUCAAAGGAACUUUUGGAUAUGUUGAUCCUGAGUAUAUGUCUACGAGGAUCUUUACUAAGAAAAGUGAUGUUUAUAGUUUUGGGGUGCUACUAUUUGAAAUAAUGAGUGGCAAGAACCCACAACAGGGUCUCAUGCAGUAUGUGGAGAUUGUGGCUAUUAAUGUGGAAGACAACAUAGGGUGGGAAGAGAUUGCAGAUUCUCGACUUCAAGGAAAAUUUGAUGUUCAACAACUGAAUUAUAUGGCUGCCCUUGCUUAUAAUUGUAUAAAUCCAUUCUCCAGUAAAAGGCCAUCAAUGAGAGAAAUUGUGCUGGCACUGUCUGAGAUCUGUAAGCCAAGGAACUCAAGGGUGCAUCAGGGGCAAAACCACCCCGCUAAAGCAGAAGAAACUACUUCCGAACUGGACCUACAAGGGAUUGUUGAUCCUUUAACUAAACGUUGAAAGAGAUGCGCAAAUGGUAGCAUUGGACCAAGAAACAAAGUAUCAUAGUCAUUGUUUUGUACACAAGAAUCUUUUUCAUAAUUCAGUUUGUGAUUUGAGCUUUGGUCUUCUAAAACUAAUUAGGAUAAUUUGGUUUUUCUUUUUCUUCUGAGAUUGAAUUUUUGUGCUAUGAUCAAUCAAUGUAGAGUUCAUGUUUUAUAUAAGCCUAGCUAAUUAUAAUAAAAAGUUGAGAUCAUGUUUGGUGUAUAAAGGUACUAAUC